AUGGCUCCGAGCUUUAGAGAUCUUAUCGAUUAUUUACUGUCGGAGAUUGCGCUCUGUGGUGACCAGGGUGCAACUCCUGCGGAAGUCUUAUCGUUUAUCGAUGCUUUUUACAAGAACCCGCCUUCAGGUGGAGCUCUUGCAAGAUCCAAUCGGAAACCUCUCAUCGACCGUCGAUUCCAGGAGAAAGUCUGGACCUGGUUGACGAGGCAUCCAGAGGUUUCAGUGGGCAAAAACAGAGAAGGGAAUGGACUCACUCUAGCUGAGGCGGAAGGCGCUCAGUCGAUCAGCGCUCCUGUCGCCGACGAAACCAAGCCGUCUCUCAGCCAAACCGGUGGACCUCGAGUCUUCGUUUCCCAGGAAAGAACUUGGUUGGCGAUCACGGGCCAUGAACCGGACGAAUCUAGAGUGCUGCCCACGGAAUUUGCUCUUUUGUCGAUCAUUGCGUCCCGCAAAUCUCAAGGCAUAGUUCAGACUGAACUGGUCAAGGUGAGCGGCCAGGACAAACGAUCGGUUCCGAAAAGGACAGAUGCAUUGCAGCAGAAAGGCUACAUCGAAAAGCGCGCCGUCCAAGUGAAGGCGUCGCGAACCAGCUUAUGUACCUUGCGGAAAUUCGUCCCUGAGACCCCAACCUUCAGCGCCACCGAAACACCCGCAGACCGAGGACCAAAACCAAAGCAUGAACCGGGCGACAUUAUAGACUUUAAAGUCUUUAUCGACAGGCUUUUCGGUAUCUUGAAGGAAUACAAGAUCAUCGCGCGCAACGAUCUCAAGAGGAUUCUGGGUUUCGCCGACGGCUGGCGAUGGAGGAUCCUCUCGAGGGCUCUCCGGAAAUUCGAGCGCAUUGGCUGUGUCAGGCGGGUAAAGGCUCAGUCUCAGUAUCAAGAGACCAUGAAGGCGUUGCAUCCUUGCGUCAUGUUGAUUCGUGAGCCGACUGAGCGGGAUCUCGAGCUGUUCCACCAGGAUAGCAAGAUCUUAUUUUCCAACCUGGAACAGGAGAAUGAUAACAAUGCCGAGCUUGAGGAUGAUGUCGAUGCCGAUCCGACAAAACAAGGGCCGCCUGCCACGAACGCUGAUGGAUCGCUCGUGGUCAAGCAAGAAGUCGUGGAAGGUGGGCGAACGCUCCCGCGAUGGACUCCGGAUCGAAACAUCCAUAACCUCAUCUUUGAUGUCAUCGAUAGCGCUGGUACUUCGGGAAGGACAAAUGCCGAUACCAUUAGAGUCGGCUUUGGAGGCUUCUUUCGUCGCCCCUUGGAGAACACGUUAAGUCGUCUAGUCGAAUGCUGGCAGGUUUCUCAACCUCCGCAUCUCCGGCACCUAGCUCUUGUUCGAGACACUGCUCUCAGCAAGACGGUCACCCACUACGUUCAUUACUCCGCCAAGAACUUCAAAAAGUUGGUGGAUUCCGGGGCUGCCAGCUGGGAAGCGGUUGAGUUUGUUCCCAAAGAUUCUAAGAGCGAGAAGAUUACGGUGCCGCCUGUUGACGCUGUUCCUAAGCUUGACGAAUAUGGCUUGCCUCCAAUAGAUCCAUCAGCUGAUUUCAUUAAGAAGGGUGAUGCCACGCUUAGGGAGUGUGUGGCUGCGGCUAAGCCAGCGGAUUAUCUUCUAUCAAGCAGUGAUCCCGUGGCGGUAUUGCUGCCGGGUGGUACAUACAGUAAGUUGUCCCUUGUCAUGAAUGCUACGGCUGAGCUAAACUCUUCUCUAGCUGUUCGAAGCCGCCGCGACAAUAUCCCGCCGGCAGCAUUGAAACGUAUUACAAGGCCUACCAGGGUGCUUGGACGGCCGAAGGGAACGCCUAACAGACCAGCGUCACUUCACCAAGACGCCAUUCCACUAGUGCCUGCGAAACGCGCUCCAACUGCUGUCGAACUGGAUGAAGACUUUGACGAAGACUCUAUUACAGUGUUCAAAAGGCCACGACUAUCCAAAGGGGACCCGGAGCGAUUCAAGGGCAUGUCUGAGAAGGAAAAACUUGAGGCUCUGGGUUUGGACGAAACUUGGACUGAGUACAAUGUCUUCUUGAUUGAACGUCCCGCUCCUGGCGUCUACAUCACUCCUCGUGGAAAGCGAAGGCCGGCGGGCCACAGGCAGGGUCGACCCAAGAUUAGUCGCAUCGCUAUAUUCAAGUCCCCGAAGCUACGGUCAUUCCCAUGGUUCAUCGAGGAAGCAGCGGAGGGUAUGUCUGACCCCGAAACGGUCGAUACUGAGACCCCGGCUCCUACACCGAGUGUCGACGGUGCUUCUCAGAAAGCGCACACUCCUUUGAGACGUGCAAAGAGAACCCACCAGGAGGAUGGCGAUGUUGUUGCUGCACAAGAAGUAGGUGAUGCUCAACCACCAAAGAGGCAACGCAUCGACGAGAAAAGCGCAGCCGAGCAAGAUGCCGGGUUGCCUGGUGGUGAGCCAAAUAUCGCUGGAGAGAUCAUACACGGCAAGAGAACCUGUCAGGAAGAUGUCGAAGUCGAGGAUAUUACAGCGAAGGCGGAUGGUCUUCAAGAGGACCGAUCACCAAAAAGAUUACGUCUCGAAGAGAACCAGGCUGGAAUUACGGGGACACAUCCAGAGGGUACCGUGGAAAGUGCGUUGUCCAAGCCAGUUGAUUCAGAGCACAUCGCCACGGCCGAGACUCACGACUCCGCUGCCGUUCGUGAUGAUCUGCAACCCGCAAAGGAAAAUGAAGUGGGUGUAGCAAGUGUGAUUUCCACGACCGAAGUGCGGCCUCAGGUAGCCCCUCGCGAAGUCUCGUACACCCCACGGGGCCGGAAAAAGAAGCCACGAAGUGAGAAGGGAGGCUCAGUGGCUGUGCUGAGAAGAAAGAUCAUCAUGGAUAUCGUGGAAAAAUGUGGCGGAGCGUUCCCCUUGGGCACCGAGCUGUGGUAUCCAUUUGUGACGGCUUGGAUGAAGACAAAAUACACCGAGAAGCCCGAUUUACGCACUGUUCGAUCAACGGCCAAACACCUGAUUGACGCUGGCAAGCUGCGCCAGCUGACUUUCAGCGGCAGAGACAGCAAAGGCGUUAUGGUCACCAAGAGUAUCAUCACGAAGCCAGAAAUCGCGCCCGAUGAUCCCAUAGUGAAAGACUUGCAGCAUAAGAUGCUUACCAGCGAGGCGCGCUUUUACAUUCCCCCUGGUGUGGAGGUCGAUCCGACGAUCUCAAAAAGUACCCGGGGCGCGCCCAGCCGGACAUUUGGAAGCGUGGCCAAACUGCCUUUUGAGCCAGGUGUUACUGUACACCUUCACCAAAAACCGGCACUUGUUGUUGCCCAAGAAAAGAGGAAGGGACAGAGUAUCCAAAGGCGCCUUUUACAGGCGAUUGGAGCCGAUGCUUCUGCUGCUGCGGGCGGGCGUCGUAAGCCUGUUCGUCUUAUGACCAUCCAACGUCCAUCUGCUCAGGAUCCUUCAGCGGAAGGCAUAACGUCCAUCUCGAGGCCAGCGCCAGCUGCUCGAGCGAAGGCUCGACAACCCCUGCGCAAACUUGCCCCAGCUCCAGUCCCAGGCGGAGAGCCUGGCCAGGUCCCUGUCGGCCUGGCUGGCAAGAUAAAACGGACGGUGCAUCCAAUCUCGACAAUGGCACCGUACGCCAUGCUCAUGAAUCCCCGACAGGAAUUUCACCCUCCAACCGGAACAUUUUCGUGCCAUGCUGGCCUUUCGGCAAUCCGAAAGCAGCAAGUGCCAGAAAAGAAGCCGACGGGCGUGCUGCCUCAAUCUCUUACUGAGAUAGUCAGCCAAACCAAGCCGCCUAGGACUGUAUCUGCCGUGGAUCCGCGCUCCAGCAAAUUCUACGCGGAAAACGACGUAAUCGCUAAAUGGGAGAUGCAGAAUGCGGAGCUGUUCGAUGCCAGGAACAAAGAGCUCGUGUAUAUCAACCAGACGAUGUCGGAGCCUUUCCAGGCGGCUCCUAUUGAAGGAGGCAUUCGGUUUGAUGUCGAUGAGCCUCUUCCACAGCCUGUAGCGACGCCUCUGCCGAAGGUUACGCGCCAGGUCUCUCGUGCUAUGGCGGUUGCAAAAGAAGCAGCUGUCCCAUCAGCCGGUGUGCAGACUCCUGCGCUAGUCUCUUCGGAAUCGAACGAGGCCUUGGCUGAGGAGCAACUGGAACAACCUCCGGCUCGACCACCUGCUCGUCGUAAGGCCGUUCGGCGGAAUCGGUUUGCUAGAGCCAUGCCUGAGGCUUUUGUCCGCAAGCUCAUGAACGCGAUUGUGGUUGUCAGGACGCUGGCAGGGGGUCUAGAGGGCAAACAUGUUGACUGGAGCCUUGUUGCGAAAGCCUUCCCCGAACAUGAUCCGCAAUUUAUCCACGAUCGAGGAAAGGCGAUUCUGAGCCGCAACAGACUGCAGAUGGCCAAAAUGCAGAGUGACUUUCAAGAACGGUUCAUCGAAGCCUACGAGAGGGACGAAGUGCCUCGGAUCGAUUACGACAAUCUGGAAGGCUAUGAUUGGGGCAAGGUAGCGGAGUGGGCGGACUCCCAAGUCGAUAUUCCCAAGUCGCAGCUAGUCCCUGAUCUCCCAGCAACAAGAGAACAGUUUGAUGAACUGUUUGAACUUCGCGAGGAGUCCCCGUCAUCGGCUCUCGAUCAGCUUUAUACCAACAACCCGGUCGCCACGCUGGGCAAGAAACGAGCUAUCUAUGCCAGCGUGCUGUUUGCGAUCCCUCUGAAAGAAGAAAGGCCCAAGAGCCAUGCGCAGAAACAGAGGCAGGCCGAGCUUUCUCGUCUCGAAACUGCAAAGACCUGGAUUCGCGCCAACGUCGUUGCAGGGGAGGAAACGUACGACUCGGCGGCUGCCAGACGGUUGCUGGCGCGAUUCCCACAGCCUCUGAUCGACGACGCGUUGCAAUCUUUGGUCACUGAGCGAGUCAUAGCCGCAAGCAACCGGGGCCGCAUCACGCCAGGACGCAACUUCAACCUGACCGAUGUCUUCCAUACGUCGCUGGGGCGCAAACGGGCGAUUGACUCUGCUCUCCUGAAACGCGCGGCGCGGUUCAAAACGCAAGUCUUGGACGAAGACUUCCGCCAGCAGGGCUUUUCCGAAGUGCAAUACAAUGCCGAAGACGGGGAUAUCCUGGCGAUCAUCAACUUGGCGGCCGAACGGCAGGUGGUUCUCAAGGCCUAUGAUCCGCCGCGGGCGUUGUACGGGUUGACGGAAGGAGGAUACGAGACGAGGGUGAUCGCGAAGGACAAGUUCCGGUUCACGGUGCAUGUGCGGCCUGUACGCGGGACGUAUGUGUACGGCAAUCCGAUCAGGGAGCAGGCGUGCUCUGUUCCGCCGCCACGGGGGGAGAUGGAUGUAGCUGAGCCGUUGACGACGCUGCCAGGCAAAGUCCCCGUGUGGUUCGACGUCAACGGCAACCUAGUCAAGUCGAUGUGGGACCAGGUGGUCGCCGCCGUGGUGGGCAUAGUCGCCAUCCGGCCUGGGAUCGGCGCGGCGGCGAUUGCCAGCAUGGUCAAGCCGACGAUGGGCGCGUGGGAGGUUGAGCUGGUGCUUGAAUGGCUGGGCCGGGUGGGUGUUGCGAGGCGGCUGCCCCAGCCGCAGCGUGUGCAUCACCAUCCUAGUACAGCCGGAUGGGUGGUUAAGGAAUGGUGGUGGCUAGUCGUGUGA